AUGUGGGCCGGACUGCUCCUCCGGGCCGCCUGCGUCGCGCUUCUCCUGCUGGGGGCCCCGGCUCGCAGCUACACCGGGAGGAAGCCGCCCGGGCAUUUCGCCGCCGAGAGACGCCGGCUGGGCCCCCACGUCUGCCUCUCAGGCUUCGGGAGUGGCUGCUGCCCUGGCUGGGCCCCCUCCAUGGGCAGUGGGCACUGCACCCUGCCGCUCUGCUCCUUUGGCUGCGGGAGUGGCAUCUGCGUUGCUCCCAACGUCUGCUCUUGCCAGGAUGGAGAGCAAGGAGCCACCUGCCCAGAAGCACACGGACCUUGUGGAGAGUACGGCUGUGACCUGUCCUGUAACCACGGAGGCUGUCAGGAGGUGGCCCGAGUAUGCCCCGUGGGCUUCUCCAUGACGGAGACGGCUGUCGGCAUCAGGUGUACGGACAUUGAUGAAUGCCUAAGCGCCUCUUGCGAGGGCCAGUGCGUGAACACGGAAGGCGGGUUUGUGUGUGAGUGCGGGCGGGGCAUGCAGCUGGCUGCCGACCGCCACAGCUGCCAAGACACUGACGAAUGCCUCGGGACCCCCUGUCAGCAGAGAUGCAAAAACAGCAUAGGCAGCUACAGGUGUUCCUGCAGACCUGGCUUCCAUCUCCAUGGCAACCGGCACUCCUGUGUAGAUGUAAACGAGUGUCGGAGGCCGCUGGAGAGGCGAGUCUGUCACCACUCCUGCCAUAACACCGUGGGCAGCUUUCUGUGCACAUGCCGACCUGGCUUCAGGCUCCGAGCUGACCGCGUGUCCUGUGAAGCCUUCCAGAAAGCUGUGCUCGCCCCAUCGGCCAUCCUGCAGCCUCUGCAGCCGCCGCCCAAGAUGCUCCUGCUGCUCCCAGAGGCUGGCCGGCCUGCUCUCUCCCCCGGACACAGUCCUCCUUCCGGGGCCCCGGGGCCCCCAGCUGGGGUCAGGACCACCAGUCUGCCUUCUCCCACCCCUGUACCACCCACAUCCUUGCCCUCUGUCCCAACUCGGCUGGUGGCUACCCCCAUGCCUCGUGCCUCCCUCUUGGGGACCCUUGGACCUCCCUCACAACCACAGGAGGGGUCCCCGUCCUUGCCCAGGGGCCCAGCAGCCACACAGGUGGCACCAGGGUCCUCUGCCUGCUGGCACCUGGGAGCCACAUAUGACUCAGGGAGCCGCUGGACAGAGCCUGGGUGUUCCCAGUGCUGGUGCCAGAAUGGGGAGGUGACCUGUGAAAAGGUGACAUGUGAAGCUGCUUGUUCCCACCCGGUUCCCUCCAAAGAUGGGGGCUGCUGCCCGUCGUGUACAGGCUGUUUUCACAGUGGCGUCAUCCGAGCCGAAGGGGACGUGUUUUCCCCUCCCGACGAGAACUGCACUGUCUGUGUCUGCCUGGCCGGAAAUGUGUCCUGCAUCUCCCCCGAGUGUCCUCCCGGCCCCUGUCAGACCCCCCUGAAGUCAGAUUGCUGUACUUGUGUUCCAGUGAGAUGCUAUUUCCACGGCCGGUGGUACGCAGACGGGGCUGUGUUCAGUGGGGGUGGUGACGAGUGUACCACCUGUGUCUGUCAGAAUGGGGAAGUGGAAUGUUCCUUCACACCAUGUCCAGAACUGGACUGCCCCCGAGAGGAGUGGUGGCUGGGCCCUGGACAAUGCUGUUUUACCUGCCGGGAGCCCACACCCAUGACAGGCUGCUCUCUCGAUGACAACGGGGUUGAGUUUCCGAUUGGACAGAUCUGGUCUCCGGGUGACCCCUGUGAGUUAUGCAUCUGCCAGGCAGAUGGUUCAGUGAGCUGUAAGAGGACGGACUGUGUGGACUCUUGCCCUCACCCAAUUCGGAUCCCAGGACAGUGCUGCCCGGACUGUUCCGCAGGCUGUACCUACACAGGCAGAAUCUUCUACAACAACCAGACCUUCCCGUCCGUGCUGGACCCGUGUCUGAGCUGCAUCUGCCUGCUGGGUUCUGUGGCCUGCUCCCCCGUGGACUGUCCCAUCGCCUGCACCUACCCUUUCCACCCUGACGGGGAGUGCUGCCCGGUGUGCAGAGACUGCAACUACGAGGGAAGGAAGGUGGUGAAUGGCCAGGUGUUCACCUUGGACGAUGAGCCCUGUACCCAGUGCACAUGCCAGCUGGGAGAGGUGAGCUGUGAGAGGGUCCCCUGCCCACGGGCCUGCUCUGAACCCUCUGGGCCCCCCGGAGACUGCUGUUCCUCCUGCCCAGAUGCCCCAGAGAGGAAGUCCGCGGAGGUCAGCAAAGCAGCUCGGAGUCCCCGUGGAGAUGCCGAGGCCCCGGUGAACUGUAGCUCCUGUCCAGGCCCCCCGGCGGUGUUGCCUCAGAAGCCAGUGCCCCAUGUCCUCCAGCUCCUCCUCAGAACGAACCUGUCUAAUGUGCAGACUUUACCCACAAGCCCCUCAGGAGCCCGGGCCUUGCCCUCACCCCCUUUGGGGCCUGAGGGUACAUUCCCAGGGGAGCCCGUGGCCUCCCGGCCCUCACCAGGAGCCUCCACUCUACCUCCAGCCUCUCCCGGGGCUCCUGGGCCUCCUCCUGUUACUCCAGAACCGUCCGCCUCCACCUCUGGGGUCCAGACAGGGGCCAGAAGGUCUUCUUCACUGGCCGUUCUCCUGACUGAAGCUUCAGCCCAUUCCACGACGGCCCCCAGCCCCUCAGAGACCCCCGCCACCCUCCUCAGGCCUCGCAGACCCUCUCCCAUCGCCUCCAGACUCUCUGCGGUCCUUACAACCACAGCCAGCUCCAGCCCCCAGUGGCCCGCUGCAGGGACCUCACGGGAGGACGAGUCCACCGGGUAAGCAGGCCUCCAGGUCGGGGCCCUGCCUGGGAGACGCUGGAUAGAGAAAAGGGCCAGUGGCCCUGGGAGCUGGCAGGGAGGCCCUGGGGCGAAUGAGGCCACUGACCCCGGAUGCUCACUUCUGACCUCCGGCUCCUGGAGGGAUGGGAAGUCCCCAGGACCCCUCGCAACCUCGUCCCCAAGAAGCAUUUGGAACGUCCUGUGAGAACAGCAAUCGGUACUCUCCAUGGUCAGUAUCCUCCUUGGACAGCACUGCCGGCCUGUCUUUUGAGGACGGCUGGGGUUGCUGAGCUCCCCGCUUUGGAGGAGAGGAGUCAGCGAAGGCCCUGGAUUCCCCUGGGACUGGGCCACCAGCUGUCCCGUGUCCCUCCCUGAGGUUUCCUGAUUAAAGCCUGUCUCAGUCUCCCCCA